UUAAAUAACAGCACUGCCGGAAUAUGCGAUUCUACAAUCAAUCGCUGGAAGGAAGGGAGGAGAAAUUACUUAUCGAGUGAAAUUGAAAUGUUUUAUGCGUGAUUAUUGAUAGAGACCUUCCGUUUCCAUGUCUGCCUCCCCCCCAGAUUUGGAGUGACCCGUAAGGUAGCAAUUGUGGGGUUUUGUAGCUGUGACUUCUGUGGAGUAUAUAAAGGCCAAGUCUUUGCAGUUGUUCGCCAUUGAAGGAAGAAGAAGAUAAAAGUGUUCUCGUUCUAAGUGCCUCAGAUCUAGUUAGUGUCAAUUCUCUAACUCGCAAUGGCUACGGAAGCAUCCAAUGGAACGAACCAUGUGACUACCAAGCCACCUCCCGAGCCUUCACCGUUGAGAAGAGCAAAAUUUUUUAAGGCAAAUAUGAGGAUUUUGGUGACGGGUGGAGCUGGAUUCAUUGGUUCUCACUUGGUUGACAAGCUGAUGGAAAAUGAGAAAAAUGAGGUCAUCGUCGUGGAUAACUACUUUACUGGCUCUAAAGACAACCUAAAGCAAUGGAUUGGUCAUCCUCGAUUUGAGCUUAUUAGACAUGAUGUCACUGAGCCUUUGUUGAUUGAAGUUGAUCAGAUAUAUCAUCUUGCUUGUCCAGCUUCUCCCAUUUUCUACAAAUACAAUCCUGUGAAGACAAUAAAGACAAAUGUGAUCGGAACAUUAAACAUGUUGGGCCUUGCCAAGCGUGUUGGAGCGAGAAUUUUGCUGACAUCAACCUCGGAGGUAUAUGGCGAUCCCCUCGUGCACCCUCAGACCGAAGACUACUGGGGCAAUGUGAACCCUAUCGGGGUUAGGAGCUGUUAUGAUGAAGGGAAACGAGUAGCCGAAACUUUGAUGUUUGAUUAUCACAGACAGCAUGGAAUCGAGAUACGCAUUGCAAGGAUAUUCAACACUUACGGCCCCCGAAUGAAUAUUGAUGAUGGUCGCGUCGUCAGCAAUUUCAUAGCUCAAGCAAUACGGGAUGAACCUUUGACUGUUCAGUUGCCCGGAACACAAACCAGAAGCUUUUGUUACGUUUCUGACAUGGUUGAUGGACUCAUUCGAUUGAUGGAAGGAGACAAUCCCGGGCCUAUCAACAUUGGCAAUCCAGGUGAAUUUACAAUGAUGGAGCUUGCAGAGACUGUAAAAGAGAUGAUCAAUCCCGAUGUCAAGAUUAUUACAGUGGAGAACACCCCAGAUGAUCCGCGCCAGAGGAAACCCGACAUAACGAAAGCAAAGGAAAUGUUAGGCUGGGAGCCGAAGGUGAAGUUGCGCAACGGCAUCCCGCUUAUGGAGGACGAUUUUCGCUUAAGGCUCGGUAUUUCGAAGAAGAAUUAAUUUUUUUCUUCAGCUUAGCAUAUAUUACACCCUUUUCGGAGAUAAUACUCUUUGGUUUCAUCCAUGUGUGGUUUUUGCUGAAUGUUGAAAUUUUUGGAUUCCUGUGAAAUGGUUUUUUACAAUGUUAUUACAUUUCGUGAAAGAUCGAACCUGUUUUAAUAAAAUUUGAGUUUAUUUUCGA